UAUCACAAGACACUCGGGGAGUAUCCUCUAUAUAUACAUACAUACACACACACACACACACAUAUUUACAUAUAUAAUAUAUAUACCGUAGCCCAAGUAUUUUGCUGCUAGAGAGCUAAACGGACAUUUGAACAGUUAUAAUCACCAGGGCUUCUAGAUUAUGGUAGCCCCACUCCCGUGGCUAAUGAUAUUCAAUGUUGGGCUAGUAAAUAACUACAACUGCCAUGCCUGAUGGCUAGUGAUAUUUUGGGGGGUGAAAUGUUGCAGUUAAGUCUAUUUUGUAAAUGUGAAUAUACUGACCCCACUCCAACCCUUAAUGGUAGUGUUUUUGAGCUCUUUCUCCCUCUUUAGGUGACAUAUCUGAUUAUUACUAUUAUUUAGUAAAAUUGUAUUAACUUAAAGUAAAGUAGGGCUAGUGAAUUUGUAAUCUUGGCUAGUAAUUGUUUUUUUAAUUACUGAUCCCAUGGCUAGUGGAUUUAAUUUUUUUUCUAGAAGCCCUGAUCAUUCCGCAUGCCUUCAGAAAAAAUAAAAACACAGGAUGUUUGUCUUUGUAGACUUCUUGAUUUUACCUUCACCCCACAAGCAUUUUGUUUCACAUGUAAAUACAGGUAUCUAUAGGAUUAAAGCUAGCUUAGUUGAUGUUUUAAAACAUACCUGUAUAUUACAUUAUAUUUUUGAUUCAUGAUUGACAGACAGAUUUAUGCAAAUGUUCUUUGUGUUCAAAUGAUAUACAACUAAGUGGGGGUAAUAUAGUAGUCUUUUCUUCUUCUUUUUUAUCGACCCCAGGGCCAAUGUACCACACAUGCAUGGAUCAUCCUUUUUCAAUAAGAUAAAUGUUUGUUAUAUUUUCAGAGAGAUGUUUUUAUUUCAUCAUUUUCAGUCUUGUUAAUUGUUUCCAAUUAACGAAUAAUGGCUUCAGGGCAGUGUUACGGAUGUGGUGCAUCAUUUGGCUUGUUUAAGAAGGAGGCAAAGAAGUUUGAUGGGAUUGGUACCUCUUCGAAGAUGUCUGUUAAACCUGUGUUUUCCAAUUUGUAUAGCAAAGCAUGGAUGCAAAAACUGUGGAUUUGCAUUUUGUACUAAGUGUUUAACGAAGACCGUGGCUAUUCCCAAAUGUGACAACACCAAACACCAUGUGUGCAUCAAGUGUUACGAUAUAAUCACUGGAAAAGUUGACUCAUCGGACAAGAAAGAGAGAUAUUCUCCACCUGCAGCAUAUUUAAAACGGGUUGCGGCACUGGAAGAACGUAAGAGUGAGAAAACCCAGAGUCAUGGCCAUGCUUCACAUAAGCAUGUUCCAAUCGAACUGAGAGGGCUCUCAAAAGAGGAUCGUCAAAUAGCAGAGAGAUUGAGCAAGCUGAAAGAGAAACCCCAAAAUGCUCCAAAGCCGGCCACAGAUAAAGAGCUCAGUGAGAGACUUGAUCGUUUGAAAGGCACUUCUUCACAUCAGCCUACAGCACAGACAUCACACACAUCCAAAACUCAGUAUUAUCACCCACCUGAGCGGAGGGCUGAGCAGCAGCAGGUUGAUGAACUACUGGAUGAAAUUGCUAAUGAGGUGGAGCUUGAUGCACAAUUCGACCCGGUGGCAUGCGUAGAAAAACGACUGGCUGAGUAUAAGGGUCAAGAAGGAGCAAAGAAAGGUGGAAAUGGUCUGUCUAACAACUUGAACAAACUGACAUGUGGUGUGGAGAAGCCUUACGACAAGAAUAUCACAGCGUUGUCGGCGAGUGGAGAGAAUGAAGUUAGUCUGCAGGAGAUGAACUCUCUCAUUGAGGCAGCAGCACAGGAACUCCAGGUCGAUGCUGAGAAGGCCCUCCAAGGUUUACAGAAGGACAAGGAGCUGAUGGACAAGCUGAAGGAGAUCAAGAAGAGGAGGACAGAAGCCUCAGGGGAAGCUGAUCGAUCACUGAUUGCCAAUGUGGAUGAUGCAAAUGAAGAUGAAGAUAGUGAAGAUGAGGAACAGGCAACUAAAAGAAUUCUCAAAAAGUACUUGGAAGAGGCCAGACUAGAAGAGGCAGUAGCUGCUGAUCAAAAGGAGAACCCUAAGGUCAACAAUGCAGUUGUGAAGAGUAAAGCAAGUACAAAUCGAGAUGAGAAUGAGGAUUACGAAGACCCAGAUGAACUUCCUUACUGUUCUUUGUGUACAGAAGAUGCCACCAUCCGGUGCCUUGGAUGCAACUAUGAUCUGUUUUGUAACAAGUGUUUCAGACAGUGUCAUGAGGAAUUCAGCAUCAAUGACCAUAUUUCCAUCAAGUACAUCCCACCUAAACAAACUACGUAAACCACUGAAACACACUGGAGAUUGCUGAGACACAUCGCAGAUUUAGCAGAUGAUUCACUGGAAGAUCUUCAUCAUUGAGAUGGUGAAAGUCAGCACACCCAGAAUUGUUCAGUUGUGCUGACAAACACAUUCCAACAGCUAUAAUGAGAACACACAUUUAUUUCUUACUUGCAUCAACACAAUCAGAUAUGCAUGCAGACACAAUUUCUGAUUCAUUUGCCAGCAUUUAUGUUUUAUGGGAAAACAACAACUGAUAAUAUAUGGAAUCUCCAAUAAUUGGAGAUCCUAGCAAUACAUGUGGUGGUGGCUCCUAGCUGACAAUAGCAUUAAAUUUCGGAGUGGUUCACAUCAUCUAUACUAUUUAAAAAGGAAAUGCUAACAAUUGUUGGAGAAAACAAAUUGUGAAAAAUAAACAACCUAAGUAUAGCCUGUAUUAGAAAUUCGCGAGAAAAAAUAGGCAGAGUUACGUCCUCUAACCACUAACCACUUCAGGUGCGUUCCGCUUACUUCGGGUAUAGCCGAUGGCCACAGUUGUUUGAGAAUCUUCAGCUGAGAUUUAUUCAUGCCAGUCCCUGGCAUCAUAAAUGUCCCCACCUAUGCUUUAAAAAUAAAGAAUGAUACAGGUAAAAAUGAAGUUGAUGAAAUUGCGUUUUGUUAUAACU